UUUUCCACUGUCAUGAUUAGUACUCCACUGUCAUUGCUAGUUAUGCUCCCCAAACUGUGCUUUUUAAUGGAUUUUAUACUUCAGCUCCCAGAAUCCCAGAGUAUUGGCCAACAUGGCAGAGGCUUCUGGGAGCUGAAAAUAGGACAAGAGACACCUCUCCCUUCUACAGUUACAGAAAACUCUUCCUCAGUUAGGCUGGGGAUGAUUAAACAUGACAGGAGGCAGUGCCAAUGUCAAAGCAAAAGAAGAUGUGUGGGCAGGUGGCACAUCCUGGUUGUAGCUCUGCCUGUUCUUCCUGCUUUUGGAGAGGAACCAUGAAAGAACAAGGCAAAAAAACAUGAUCACACUGGAUGAUCACAUUUACCUCCACCCGUCCUGGAAGACAGGAUCAAGUGACUUUUCAAACUACCUGGAUGGGAAAAGGCAGGACUCACCCACCAUGAAACUCCACGUGUCCACCACCAUCCUUUCACCCUUAGAGCAUGGCCCAGACCGACAGGGUAUUCUGUACAAGAAGAGCAUUCGCAGUGCCUCCUACCAGCCACGUUGGUGUGAACUCCGGGGCAAUCUUCUCUUCUAUUGGGAUCGAUAUGGAGACCAUAGUCCCCCUCAGCUUAUUAUCCUAGAAGGCUGCACCGUGGAACUUCAGGAAUCUGCAUCUGAGCCAUACACCUUUGAAAUUUCCUACCCAAAUGGAUUACCUGGUAGUCGCUCCUACAAGAUGGCAGCUGAGAACCAAGAGACCAUGGAAGGCUGGGUGCGAGCUCUUAGUACAGCAGGAUUUGGGUAUCUCCGAGCCUUGGUUGCCGAGCUAGAGAGUCAGUUUCAGAUGCUGAAGAAUCAGGAAUGUUCUACAUUAGAGAGACACUCAAAAUACCAAAUGGACUUUCACCUACGUCCUUCAAAGCUAAAGUUGGAAAAGCAAUCCAACAACAUGGAUUUUACUCAACUCCAUCAGAAAUUUGGGGAGAAUAUAAUGAAGGCGAGACAUAUCUGGCAGGAAGAGAGGAGAAAAAAGCAGCAGCUAGAACACAUUCCAAAAGCUCUGGAGGGUGAGAGCUUGAUAGAUUUGGGGUAGAGCAAUCAACAGUUCCAGAUGUUAAGUUCUAGGCAAAGCUAAAAUUUAUAUGAAGUCCGAGAAGAGAGGCACACAGAAAGCCAGGCUAUGUAAAGCCAAUACACAUUUUAAAAUAAAUAUGUUUUGAAUAAAUUUGCAUUGUAAAGAAAGC